UUUCCAUAUAAAUGCUAAUUUAUAUUCAGUUGGAUGUGUAAUUGUGCUCGAAGAAUUUGAGGUCGUUAUACUGCGUUUUGCCAUCUUGUCUCCCCUGCGUUGCAUUGGCAGUGAUGUUCCUAUCUUCAAUAGUGUGUACGAAUAAGGUUUGAAAUAUUUUGAAAAGAACUUUGUGUGUUUCACAGAAGAUGAAAACAUGGUGACUGUUUUGUUGUUUGUGUUGCUGUUUAUCAUUAUGAGAGAAAAGCUUUUUGUGACUGAAAUACAUCAGAGCCUUUAUAUAUCUCUCUUCAGGAAAUGCUGUGUUUGAAGUGGCAAUUUUAAACGUCGGUGGUGUUGUGUACUAAUUGCGUAAGUUUUGAAGAUCUGUUUAGUGUCUACAUAUACAUGAGAUGGAAGUGGACGGAGGAGAUCCGGCGGGAGUAAACAAAAACCCGAAACUUAUCAGAGCGGCACAGGAUGACAUUUCAAAGUUAGAUGUAUUAGUAUGUGGAUCAUGCCACCACGUUUUUCAUUUUAUUGAAGAAUUUCAACAACACAAGGAGAAUCAAGAAUGUGAGAAUCCCACAUUUAAGGCAAAUUUAUCGGAAACAAAGCCACAGGUAUGGGCAUUUUUGCUUUGGAAGAGUGCAGUAGUUGCACAACAAAGACCAGAAGAUAGCAAAGAAAAUCUUAAUUCAUGGAAACUGUAUCAAAAAUGGUGCAAGAUGAAAGAAAGUGUUCGAAAUUCUUGGGUUGCAGCAGGAAAAACAAUCCAGAGUUUUUCAGUACUCUCGAAUGCCAAGCUGCAAGAGAUCCAUAAAAGUUCCCCUGAUGGUAAGGGCAAAACAGUAAAUUUAAAGCCAGCUGAAAAUGAUGAAAAUGAUGUGCUUAAAACAUCAGAUGAUUUAAAAAAAAACCAGGAAAAAAAGGCUGCAAGAAAAACCUUACAUCCUGUUGACAAGAAUGGCAGCAUCAAAGAUAUUAAACAGGUACAGAAUAAGGACAUCAAAUCAUUCACUUCAAAGAAUGACAUACCUUGUGCUGAUGAAACUGAGAAGGCCCCAGAAAUGCAAUUAGAGUUGAAGGAGAGCCCUCCCAUUAAGGAGAAGGGAGGUGAUAGCCCAGAAAUCGUGAAAAAUACUGAGAAAAAAUUGGAUGAACAGGAGAAGAUGGAGUCAGAGGAAGUGCAAGGGGAGGUAAUGGAUAAAAAGUCAUCACUACAACCAAUUGAAACAAUUGAAAUAAAAGAAGAAAAACUCAGUGAAGCGGAAGAAGAAAUUGUGGAAGAGGAUGCAAGUUUAAAAGUUCCUUGUGUUGAAUCAACUACUCUACCAGAGCUUGAGCAGAAAUCCGAUCCAAACAAGAAGAUGGAAAAUGUAAUUAAAAGUGUUGCUGGAAAGGGUAUGCGUCCAAAUAUAAACAAAGGGGCAGAUGAAGGCUCAAGUGAAGAUGAAUAUGUAGUAGAGAAAAUUCUUGCAAAAAGAUUCAAUCCAAGAAGAAAGUACUAUGAAUAUUUGCUGAAAUGGGAAGGCUAUCCACAUGAUCAAAAUACAUGGGAACCGGUGCAUAAUAUGGCAGCUUGUGACAAAUUGGUUGAGACAUUUGAAAGAAAUUUAGCAAGGCAGAAAGCAGCUCAACAACAGGGAAAGAUAAUGUCAGCUGCUACACCAAAUCAAAAGCCUGUGUCAAGGACGCCAAAACCCCAGGUGAAGAGUAUAGAGCCACCAGUUGAACCAGGAAACAGUGGUGGCAUUGAAAGCCGCCCUGUGCGAAGUAGCAAGAAAAAAGCAUUAGCGCAAGUGAAGUCUUGGUGUGGUUCUAUGGCAAAGAAGUCUGAUUCAGAACUGGGAGGCAAGAGGAAAGCUGGUGAGGACAGUGACACAGAUGAUGAUGAUGAAUUGUCCUUGCCAGAAAAGAAGGUGAAAUUAGAACCACUAGAUGAUGAUGACUGGAGCAGUGGAGAUGCUGGAGCUUCCAGUGCUUCAUCAAUUCAUGAUGACCAUGAGAAGCAGCAGCACCGCAAUUCUGCAAAUUUUUCAGGAAAGCUGUUGGCAGUUCCCAAAAGCAAAGAACAGUAUCUUAUGGGACCAACAGUUAAAAGGUCUCCUGGAAGACCUAGAAAGAUACGGCCACAAGAAAAUACUUUGAAUGGUGUUACAAUUGUUCAGAAUAAAAAGGAUGAUGCAGAUGAAUUGGCAGUGAAACUAGGAUUAGAAUCUGAUUCAUCUCCAGAACAUAAAACAAAACUUUCUCAAUCAAAUGCAAACAAAGAUUCAAAUGCAUCUCAGCCACCUGUAUUGGUUGCAAACUCUAAAGGUGUUAUAAAAGUUGAUCCGCGGCAAGUGCCAAAUCUCACUUCAGGAGUAUACAUAGUAUCCAAUAAGUCAGGAGUAGUAAAACUGGAAUCUGUUUCAGGAUCUCCGGCUGUGGGUAAAGCAGUAACAUCGAGCCAGUCUGUAAAUAAUGGAAGUGGUGAGACUAAAACUAUUGUGACCCAGUCAGGUAUUAUAAGAAAACCCGUGCAGUCAUCUGGUAUUUCUCGUGUUGCUCAGGGCCCUGGUCAGGUAAAAUUGUUAAGCAAAACUGCUGGUUCGGUUCGUCCCCAAGGCCUGUCUCCAGGACUAGUACGAGUUUCACCAACUGGUCCGCACCUGAAGAAUUUCACACCUCGAUUGGCAUCACCUGGGCAGAGACCACCAUUAACAUCACCUCGUGUACUGGGUCCGAGGCUGCAGUCGGGAACCAGACCUGUUUCUGUGUUGGCUGCUCGGCCGGGACUCGCCAAUCCUGUAAGACCAGUACUAUCUCCUAGAAUACCAGGAAUGUUACGUGCUCCUCUUAAUGCCAAAAAGUCAUCUAUUGGUAUACCUGGUGUCCAAACAAAAAUAAUGAGGGCAGUUAGCCCAAGAGUGCCAGUACAAGGAGGAAAGAUAAUGUCUUCGCUGUCUGCCCAGACACGAAGUGGUGUGAAACCAAUACAAGCUAUGCUUGGGAAAGCUGUUCAAGGAAACAAUCCCGUGUCAUCUCUUGCUACAGCAAAAAUGAAGGUAGGUGAAGAUGGAAAUUCAAAUGUAUCAGUGAAAUCCGUGACUCAACUAACACCAUCUGGGGCUUCAUUACAGGGCAGAGGAAAUUUUGAUGAUGACGACGACGAAGAAGAUGAAGAGGAAGAAGAAGAUGAUGACGAUGAUGAAGAUUAUUUGAAUGAGGAAGAGGAAAGACCGGGGCGGAGCGUUGGAAGAGGACGAGGACGUCGUAAUGCGGAAACGUCAAAAGUUGGUGACUCAGAUGGCAACAAGCAGCGAGAUAGUAAACUAGUGGACACAGAUGGUGUUCAUAUGGAAUUCCAUGAGGUUACUACAAGUGAAAGUGAGUCUGACGAUUCUCUUCCAGAACUGCCUAUGGGGGACCUUCCAUCUCUUGAACCAGAUAGUCCACCAAGACCUUUCACUCUUUGUCCAGAAACAGGAAAGAUCUUGGGACGUGCGGAAGGGGAACCCACUCCUCCACCCAGCCCAGAGACGAAAUCAUCAGGCCAAUCUGAAUCUUUGCCUGGUGAUUCAGGGCCCCCACAAGAGCAAGAACCUGAAGAAAUCUUACCUGACCCUAGACCUUCCUCUCCUCUCAAUAAAGAAACUCUGUUGAAAGUUGAAAUGAGCCCAGGUGGAACAACCGGAACAGUCGUGGAGGGUAAUGAGAAUGAAAAUAGUAAUAACUAUGUGGAUCCCUUGAGGACAGAGCAGGGAUUGACAGUGACAAAAAUUGCUGACUCUGCAGCAAAAAAUUCACAGCAGGGAGUGAAUACGACUCAGGUAGUGACACAGACAGGGAAGGGUGGAUCUGGUAUUUCAGUGCCUGCGAGAAAACUUUAUGUUGAUGGUGCUUCAGGUAAAAUGAGUGGGGAUAUAGUGACUGUGACUGGUGAAGAUGGUGUUGUGUAUCAAAUAUCAACAGAUGGUCAGCAGGUUUCAGAUGAGUCAGGACAACAGUGUGUUUAUGUUUCGACUGAAGGGGGUGAGGGAAGUGAAGAAGGUGCAGUGCUUACACUUGAUACAGCAGUAGCUGAAGCUGUCGCACAGCUGAUGCCAGAACAAGUGAACGUUAUCGGCGGUGCUGGUUGUUCCCAGUUCUUUAUAAAGGGUGAAGAUGGGACUGUGGUAAAUCAGGAGGGACAGGAACGCCAGCAAGAACAGAGUCAAGAGGAACAGCAGCUGGUGAUGACCUCAAUGGUUGACCAGCAGGCAGCCGAUGAAUCACAAGCACAAGUAGUGGCACAUGUUGUCCAAGAAGGAGAGCUUGACCCAGUCACAGGAAAGAGGAGGGUGGUUCUUCUGCUACCAGACGGUAAUUUAAUGAUGACGGACGUUGAUGAAGAGCAGUAUGCGGCACUGAAUCUUGAAGAAAAGUGAUUUAAAAACUUAAAAUUGAGGUACAAGUUAAAGCACUGUCAAGUGAUAGAAACGAAAGUGGGGGCAUAUGUGAUAAUACUAUAUCCUGUAAUUUAUUUUAGCAGAUGACACAGUAUUUAUGUGUAUAACUUUCAUUUCGGAAAGUUGUCGUGCUUUUUCAUUUGAAGCAGGCUCCAGGAAGAAAAUGUUAGAUCUAAUAUCUUUAAUUUGUAACCUAGGAUUUUUUUCCUUUUAUUUAGCCAAACCGACAGUUUGACAGAUCAGUUCAACUCAACAAUUUAUCUAAAUAGUGUGUAUAUGUGUACAUAAAAAUUAUAUUUUUAUAUAAGGUUUAAAACUAUGCAAAUAUGUUGUACAAUUAAUUAUUUUUAUGUAAUUUGUGGAGUGUAGCAGCACUUGUUUUAAUAUUCCCUUCCAAUAGUUGAGGGACAGCCCACAAAAGUAAAAUAGAUUACUGGAAUGUGGUGUGUGAAGUCACAUACUUGCCUUCAGUUUCUUGGUGUUUCUUCUCUUUUUAAGUUUUGUAAAAAGUGUAUUGGCUGCCAUAAAUGUGAUGGCUUCUUGCAGUGUAAUUACAACAUAUGUAAAUGAAAUCUUGUUACAAUUGCUGUAAGUUUGUACAAAAGACCAUUUUGUAGCAUAAAUGUAGUUGUUUCAGAGAUGUUUACGUAUAGUGUCCCCAGAUUUCUUCAGAAACCUUUUAAUUUGAUUUGUACAAAGUAGAAAUACUCACCUCACAUGAUCAUUGUUCACAUAUUUCAUGCUCAUUACACUCACAAAUAAGAGACAUUUUACAUUUAUUGAUCUCUUUUACAAAAUAGUUCUGUCAUUCUAAAAAUUAGUACCUAUCCCUUAUGUUAUGACACUUCAUUUGUGUUAUAUGCAAGAUAUCCUGUAUAUUAUUGAUUGCAAUACAUUAUGAGUGGCAUGUUUGUAAUAUACUUGUUUGUUACAUAAUGAAAUUGUAUAGUAUUUCAUACAGAGUGAUAUUGUGCACGAAAUAAAAUCUAUUUGUAAAUAUUAAAGUUAUUUUUAAAACAAAGAUGUGAUUCAAAUUAAUUUAUGUGAAUAGAUUAUUUGAUUACGAAGCUUCACUCUUAAGUGUAUCUUAAAGAAAAUAGCAAUAAAUAUGUACUGACUUUCUCUGUUUGCCUGUUGACAUUGACUGUUGGCUCGUAGCGAGGUUCAGAUAUUUAUGUUUUGUAUGAUAUGUAUGUGAACACAUUCUGCAAUUUGUUGUUGCCCAGAUACCCAUCAUAUUUGCAGUAAUUGCUGCCUAAUAGUAUUAGUAAAGAAAAGUGAAACUGAAAUUAAAAUUGAAGUGUUAAAUAUA